AUGGGGUCAGCUUGCAUCAAAGUCACCAAGUACUUCCUCUUCCUCUUCAACUUGCUCUUCUUUGUCCUGGGUGCAGUGAUCCUGGGCUUCGGGAUAUGGAUCCUGGUCGACAAGAACAGUUUCAUCUCCAUCUUACAGACCUCCUCCACCUCGUUCAAGGUGGCGGCCUACGUCUUCAUCAGCGUGGGGGCCCUUACCAUGGUCAUGGGCUUCCUGGGCUGCCUGGGUGCUGUCAACGAGGUCCGCUGCCUGCUGGGGAUGUAUUUUGCCUUCCUCCUGCUGAUCCUCAUCGCCCAGGUGACUGCAGGGGUCUUCUUCUACUUCAACAUGGGCCAGCUGAAGCAGGAGAUGGGUGGAAUUGUGACCAAGCUCAUUCACAACUACACGGACGGCUCCGGGGACAACCUGCAGGAGGCCUGGGACUACGUUCAGGCUCAGGUGAAGUGCUGCGGCUGGGUCAGCUUCUUCAACUGGACAGAAAACCCCGAGCUCAUGAAUCGCACCAACAUCACCUUCCCCUGUUCCUGCAAGAAGAGUGAUGAGGAGGACGCCCUCGUGUUGCCGCAGAAGGGCUUCUGCGAGGCGCCCUUUGGCAACAGGACCCAGAGCGGCAACAACCCCUUUGACUGGCCGGUGUACCAGGAGGGAUGCAUGGAGAAGGUGCAGGGCUGGCUGCAGGAGAACCUGGGCAUCAUCCUCGGCGUGUGUGUGGGCGUCGCUGUCAUCGAGCUCCUGGGGAUGUUCCUAUCCAUGUUCCUAUGCCGGCGUGUCCAUUCUGAAGACUACAGCAAGGUCCCCAAGUACUGA